AUGAAACAGCUUCUAGUUUUGUUCUAUCUUUUCGCGGUUGCUGUUUCGCAGGACUUUUUCAAGUGUUCGAAGACCGAUUUGGACUCGGAGCAGGCCCGCUUCAACCGCGCCCUCAACAUUGACCCCAACCUCUCUUACACCAAUGUGUCGGCCCUCUACGAUGCUAUUUUUGCCAUCUUCCGACAGGAUAUGAUCAAGAUUUGCGCUAACCGGCAACAAUUCCAAUUCUACCUGGGCGCCAAAUAUUCCGACUGCAUCAACCCGUACACGAUUUCUGGAUACGGGAUUUCAAACUACGAUGCGAUCAGCUACGUACAGAUCUGGAAUCGGCUAGAGUACGCGUGUGGAGGAGGAUUCCACAUCGCAGUCGCGCAAUACGGAUGCAUUCACGAAAUUACCCAAGAUGCCCCUUUUGUCAAGUGCUUCAACGACUGGAAGGCGACCACCGCCAACUUUACUGAUACGCAAAUGUACUGCGCUGCCACGUCUACUUAUAUGCAGUGCGGUUCAACAGUGGCCAAGCAGCACAGUUGCUAUAAGAAUCAGCCGACGAUCCCUUACUACCUCUGCGAAAGUGUGCGCAUGGGAAAUGCUCGACUCUGCCAAGGACUCCCGAAUCAACGUUGCUUCGUC